AUGGCAGCAGCGAUCAAGCGCAAACUGGUGAUCAUCGGCGAUGGUGGGUGUGGCAAGACCUGCCUGCUGCACGUAUACCGCGAGGGCGAGUUCCCGCCGAACGACCAGUACAUCCCGACUAUCUUUGAGGAGUGGGUGGCCGAGCUCAGGAUAGAUGGGCGGGCAGUGGAGCUGGCGCUCUGGGAUACAGCGGGACAGGAAGACUACGACAAUGUGCGGUACCCAUGCUACACCAACGCCAACGUGGUGGUGAUCUGCUUCAGCGUCGACUCGCCCGACUCGCUCGAGAACGUGCAGGAGAAGUGGAUCGGCGAGGUGCUCGAGUACGCACCUGGCGUCCCAGUACUGCUGGUGGGCCUGAAGGAGGACCUGAGGCGCGACGAGAACAUCAUCCGCCAGCUGGCCAAGGACGGGCAGCAGCCCACCACGCGCGAGGAGGCCCUGAAUGUGGCCAAGGCGGUCGGCGCCCAGCUGUAUCUGGAGUGCUCGGCCAAGGAGAACCGCGGCGUACGGGAGAUCUUUGAUGCAGCAGUGAGGUGCACGCUGAAGGCGCAGAAGCAGGCCUACGGCUCGGAAGACUCGGGCUGCUGCAUCAUCCUCUGA